ACCCUGAGGAGGAGAGCAAAGCUGGCUUCAUAUCUCACAUGCCAAACACGCAGACUCAGCUUGUGAUCCGAUUAUUUGCUGCCCAAAGCGGAGGAAACGGGGGUUCCAAGAUUUUGACUCCUGGGCUUUCAGACACAGAGACCAGCAGGACUCCAGUCACUGACCUGACUCCUCCUCAGGCACCUCUACCCCACUCUCCAGGAUUUCAAUUUAUUCAACUCUACUCACUGCUGCACAGCAAACCCAAGAAUCACAGCCUCCAGACUUUGCAUAGCCUAGCUGGUCACUGGCCCUGCCUCCAUUUCAGCUCUGACAGCCUCAGAGUGGGUCCAAGGAUGUCGAUGAACUAUGAAGACCUCCAGUCCUUGGAGAGUGAGAAGAAAAGCCAGGAGUUAAGAAAGGGGCCAUGUCCUCCCCAAGCCUUCCUCAAGCGUCUCUGCUCUGUACCCUGCCUCCUCCUGCUCUUCCUGGGCCUCAGCCUCUUCCUGCUGGUCGAUAUCUGCAUAAUUGGAUCCAAAAAUGCCAAGAUUCAAAGUGAUGUGGAGACCCUGAGAGCAACUUUCAGCAACUUCACUUCCAACACAAUGGCUGAGGUCCAGGCACUGCACUCCCAGGGUGGCAGUUUGCAAGCAACAAUAACAUCUCUGAAAGCUGUGGUGGAAAACCAGGAGCAGGAACUGCAAGCAGCCCGUAGCCUGAAUGACAAGGUGUUUUCUCUGGAGAGCAAGCUGGAGAAAGAGCAGCAGGAACUCAAAGCAGAUUAUUCUGAAAUGCUCCUGCAAGUCCAGCAACUGGUCAACGACCUACAAUGUCAAAAUACCUGCUGCCCCAUUGGCUGGCUGGAGUAUGAAGGCAGCUGCUACUGGUUUUCUCGCUCUGGAUUGACCUGGCCCCAGGCUGAGAAGUACUGCCAGCUGGAGAACGCCCACCUGGUUGUCAUCAACUCCAGAGAGGAGCAGAGAUUCAUUGCACAGCACUCGAGCCCCUUUCACACCUGGAUAGGACUCGCUGAGAGCGAUGGCUCCUGGAAGUGGGUGGACGGCACAGACUAUGGGAACAGCUACAGUAUUGACAUCUGA